UUUGUUUUUAAAGGUCUGAUCACAUCGUGGAAUUCGGAGUGGAAUAUCACGAGUGAAACGUUUCGCAACACCGGCUCUGUACAUUCCUGUUCAUCACCUGUCUCCGAUUCAAUUGUUAACAAUCGUUCGUUGUUUGACAACAAUUCAUCAGUCAACGUACUCGAGACUGUAUUCUUCAUUUGUGGCAGAUUUUUAUUCGAAUACAGAUAGAGUUUUUUGUACGAAUUACAUAACCUGAUUGAUAUUGCAAUUUUAUGUGACGGUGAUUGAUCGAAUAUUUAAUAAGUGGUUCAAAGUGCAGGAAAAGAAAUUUGUUGGUUUAAUAUUGGACUUUACUAGUGUCUUGUAACAUUACUUCAUUAUUUCGUAUUUCUCUUUUAUUUUGAAAACUUUAUAAACAAAAAUGUCGAGAUUACUGACAAAUCUCUGCCCACAACUGAGGAAGCUGGUAAAUCUCUCGUUAGUGGAAUCAAAGUCCCUGGUGUCCUCUCAGAAUAUCCGCAGUUUCUCGAUAAGCUCAAGAUUAUUGGCAGGCUGGCCCCAAAUACAAAAGCCUGCACCUGAUUUCGCCGGUACUGCUGUCGUCAAUGGUGACUUCAAGGAUAUCAAGCUAUCUGAUUAUCGAGGGAAAUACGUUGUACUGUUUUUCUACCCAUUAGACUUCACUUUCGUAUGUCCAACUGAGCUUCUCGCCUUCAGUGAAAAAAUGUCAGAAUUCAAGAAAUUAAAUGCUGAGGUGAUCGGUGUCUCCACAGACUCCCAUUUCAGUCACUUGGCCUGGAUCAAUACCCCAAAGAAACAAGGAGGACUCGGUGGUGAUCUUGGAUACCCACUUCUCAGUGACUUCAACAAACAGAUAGCAGCGAGCUACGGAGUCCUUCUGGAUGAACCUGGUGUUGCGCUUCGAGGACUCUUCAUUAUCGAUAAAGAAGGGGUUUUACGUCAACUCAGCGUUAACGACUUACCAGUUGGUAGGAGCGUUGAUGAAACAUUGAGGCUCAUCAAGGCCUUCCAGUUUGUCGAGAAACAUGGAGAGGUGUGUCCGGCCAACUGGCAGCCAGAUUCCAAAACGAUAAAGCCGAAUCCUAAGGACAGUAAGGAGUACUUUGAGUCUGUUAACUAAUUGUAGAACAAAGGGGCUGAGUUGUGGUAUUUAAUAAAGGAAUAAAAAAAUCUGUUUAGGAAA